AUGGGUUCGAUGCUUUGUCCUGCUCGCUCUCGCGUAUUGCAGAAUGCAGCAAGGAGCAUCAAAUCUCUGCUGCGUCCCUUCUCUUCCUUCCAGCCACUGCGAGCAGAGCCUGUCUCGAUAGGUGCCAGUCUCACGGAGAAGGCUCAAGGUCGACUGGAUGAACGGAAUCUGGAAAAGGCCGUCCGCCAGGUGCGCCAUGACGGCCUGGUGGUCGUUAUGAAUGCCGUCGACACCGUCAACAUUGACAAGUUGAACAAGAAGAUGGUUGAGGAUGCACUGAAAUUGCGUGCCCGAGGCAAAGACAGUCCUUUCAACUACAACCCUGGCAACCUCCAACAAGACGCUCCUCCGGUGGAGGAAUACUUCCAUCCAGAUAUCUUCUUCAAUCCAAUUGCAACUCAAAUCACAUCAGCGGUCCUUGGGCCAAGGCCGAAGUUGACAUUUUGUUCGGGCAACUCGGCCAUGCCUCCCACACUGGGCUCGGAGCCCCAAAGGCAGCCAGAACACUCAGAUGCCGACUUCGCGCAUCCUGACCACCCAUUUGCCCUGGUUGUGAACGUUCCCCUGGUUGAUAUGAAACCCGAGAACGGAUCGACGGAAGUGUGGCUUGAGACGCACCAGGAUUACGGGCUUGAGGCUCAAGAAGGGGCGCAUGGUGAGCGUAACUCGGGGCGUAUUCGUCAAUCCUUGCUGGAGGAAAGGUCGAAAACGAGCGCACCAUCUCAACCGUUCAUCCCCAAAGGCAGCAUAAUCGUCCGCGAUCUGAAGACUGUGGCAUGCGGGUAUGCCCAACUAUACGGACGAUUUCACUUCGCUCCUUGGUAUCGCAACCAGAUGAAGGUGGAGCUUGCAGAAGAGCUGAAACCUCUUGUGGAAGAUCACCCCGAGUUGGACGUGAGAGCGAAUUAUGUCAGUCAGCAACAGGCUCUUGACUCGUAUCUCGACCGACCUUUCGGGAACUUCUAUGACUUUGGCCAGGCUCCUUAG